AUGGUCAUGAAGCCAGCAGAGGUAUCGGCCGAUGCACUUGAAGACGAUCUCGAGUAUGAAGUGGGAUCCGAUGCAGCUGGCGAGUCUGUGAGCGAUGCAGAAUCAGGUGCUGAUUCAGACUCCGGCUCUGAUGACGACGAACAAGAGGCAGGAGCCACAGAAAUAGAUCCAAAGAAGGUCGGCCAGCCCAAGAAGCGGCUGACAACGGAGGAGAAGCGAGAGAAGCGCAAGGCGAAACGAGCAGUGAGUAAUAAACGCAAGAGGGAGCAACUUGGCUUGGAUGAGGACGAUGACGAUGAGCCUGCUGGCGAGAGUGCGCCGAAAAAGGCCAAGACAAAAGUUUCUAAAGUGCCACUUGGUCCUGAGCAACAGAGUGAUUUGCUUGCAAAGCUCUUUCUAGAUCACCAUCCAGGCUUGACGAGCGUCGAGCUGCUCGAUAAGACACCGCCCCUCAAGGCCAUUAGAGACACCUCAGAGACACAAGCGACGGAUCGCUCAACAGACCAGCUCUGUGCAUUUUUGGAACGCUACACGCAGCGCAAGGACAUCCACAGUGCCAACAAGGAACCAGGAACGCCGCACACCUUGAUUCUUUGCGCUUCUGCCAUUCGCGUGGCAGAUGUUGUUCGACCACUCAAAGCAGCAUAUAAGCCUGCCAUGCCAGAGGUGAAGCGUGGUCAACAGCCAAAGAAGCCAAAAAAUGCCAUUGAGAUUGUCAAGCUUUUUGGCAAGGAGAAGCUCAAAGAUCAAAAGACAAUGCUCGGUGCCACCCGUGUCUCCAUUGCGGUGGGCGUUCCUGGACGUGUUGCUGCAUUGCUAGCACCUGAAGAGGGAGAGCAAGGUGAUGGUGCACUCAAAGUACGGCAGCUCGAGCAAAUCAUCUUGGAUGCGUCGUACCUUGACAGCAAGAAACGCGGCCUGCUACAGAUCAAAGAAGUCUGCAAGGAUCUCGCAACAGUCUUGGGUGGUGGCGAUGAUGAAGGCGCAAAGAAGAUUCGGCAGCGCUUGAGAGACGGUCAAACGCAAAUCUUGUUCUUCUAA